AUCAUUAAUUUGCUAAAUCAAGUUGAGGAAAUGGAAGUCUCACAAACAUCUCCUCUGCUAACUGUUCUUGAGGAUCAUCAAUAUGAGGUGGACCGAAAGGUAGAAAAUCGGCUUAUUGGAGGAUGGAAAUCUGCCAUUUACAUAAUCGGAGUCGAAGCUGCAGAGCGAUUCGCAUACUAUGGCCUCUCAGGAAAUCUGAUCAUGUAUCUCACCACUGUCUUGAACGAGUCGACUGUGUCUGCAGCGAAGAAUGUGAACAUCUGGACUGGUGUAUCCACCCUACUUCCGCUGCUGGGAGCAUUCAUCGCAGAUUCCUACUUGGGCCGCUACCGGACCAUACUCAUUUCAUCGUUGAUUUAUCUCCUGGGACUUUCCUUACUAACUACAUCAGCGGCGAUGGUGAUUCCUCUUCAAUUUCGAGAAUUGCUUGUUUUCAUUUCGCUGUAUAUGGUGAGCAUGGGACUAGGAGGACAUAAACCAUGCAUAGAAGCAUUCGGAGUGGAUCAAUUCGAUGACGAUAGCGAGAAAGGGAGAAAAGACAAGAAUUCUUUCUUCAAUUGGGGGUAUUUUGCAGUGUGCAGUGGCGGGAGUGUGGGAAUGCUUGUUGCAAUUUAUAUUCAAGACAAUGUGGGGUGGGCCAUCGGCUUCGGGAUUCUCACAGGUGCUAUGGUGGUUGCGCUUUUUCUCUUUAUCUUUGGAUCAAACACAUACACCCAUCUAGUUCCAAGCGGGCAAAGCCCAUUGACUCAAGUUGCCAAAGUCAUUGUUGCUGCUGCUCGUAAGUGGCAUCUUCCGUCAAGAAAGGAUUAUCAAGAUGAAAGCAGAUGUGUUCCUGUGGCUAAGGAAGUUACUCCUGGGGCCAAUCAAUUCAAAUUCUUGGACAAGGCUGCCAUUAUAGAUGACUUGGAUGCACCUUGUUGUCAAAAUAGUUGGAGUUUAUGCACCCAAGCACAAGUUGAAGAAACAAAACAGAUCAUGCGGCUUUUCCCCAUCUGGUCUUGUUGUUUGAUGCUUGGGGUAGUGUCCGCACAACCUACCACAUUUUUCACUAAGCAAUCUAGCACCAUGGACAGGAAGAUCUCAUCCACCUUCGAGGCGUCUGCUGCAUCCCUCAUAGUUGUUAGAAGCCUAACAACUGUUGCAUUUGUCCCUGUCUAUGAUUGGAUCCUCGUGCCAACCACAAGAAGACUUACUGGAAGCCCAUCCGGCCUAACAAUUCUCCAAAGGAUUGGAAUCGGGAUACUUCUUACGGUGAUUUCCAUGGUCGUAGCAGGAUUGGUAGAGAUGAGAAGAGUUGGCAUUGCUAGAGAAUACGCACUCUUCGAUCACCCAAAUGCGACCAUUCCUAUGAGCUUUUGGUGGUUGCUACCACAAUACAUAAUUGUUGGACUCUCAGACAUAUUUACGAUGGUUGGUUUGCACCAAUUCUUCUAUGAUCAGAUGCCGGAUGGGAUGCGGAGCAUUGGAGCCGCUGCUUAUCUUAGCAUCUUUGGCAUUGGAAACUUCCUAAGCAGUAUUAUCAUUUCGUUGGUCCAAGUUGUAAGGCCGGAGUGGUUAACCAACGAUCUUAAUAGUUCGCAUUUAGAUUACUUCUAUUGGCUUCUUGCAGGGUUGAGUGUUUUGUGUUUAGGUUUCUAUAUUUGUGCAGCCAAAUGCUUUGUUUACAGGCAAACCUGUUAUGGCCUUCCAUAGCGUGCAUUGGUUAGUUGGGUAUGGUUUGUUUUUCUGUUUAUCUAAUAAUAUUAAUGAAAUUACUCGCAAAAAAAAUGAGAAAUCUUCACUUCCAAAUUCAUCUUCGAAACGCUGAUUUUCUUUGAGCCGGGUUUCUCUA